UGCAUUUAAUGCAAAUUAGCAGCCAAAAGCGCAAGGAAAAUAAACAAAUAACACCACUUCCCCCCCGGCCGCAGGACAAAUAAAUCAGACAGAGUGAAAAAUAACAUUAGCGAGAAAUCUGAGAAAUUGCUGAAACGUUUGCCAAAUAUUUUGAGAACCUCAAAAAGUGCGUCGUGUGCCAUUUUAUCGAAAUUAGAAGGAUGAGUGGCUAGAUGACACAAUUUAUUCACACGGACCACCAGCACAAUGUGCGAAGCCAUAACGAGAGGAGGGAGCCCACGGAGGGGAACUGAUUAAAAUAAUUACGUUCAGCAGAGGGAACACGGAGGCAGGCCACACACCAUGUUUACCUGGCUGAUGAUGGGCAUUCUCCAGUUCGUUAGUGGGGCUACAACACCGGAGCCCUAUUUGAAUGCCACAAAUUGGUAUAAUACCAACGAGAGUUUGUACACAACGGAACAUAGCUAUAGAUGGAUCAGUGGCUCCACUAUUCCGCCAGAGGAGCCUGUCUAUGGCACCGAAUUGCCCACGUAUCAGCAUUGCAUAGCCACAAGGAAUUCCGUGGCAGAUCUGUUCACCUUGGUGCUUUAUAGUCUCGUGUGCAUCAUUGGUUUAUUUGGAAAUACCUUGGUCAUCUAUGUGGUUCUACGUUUCUCCAAGAUGCAAACGGUGACAAACAUAUACAUCCUCAAUCUGGCAGUGGCCGACGAGUGCUUCCUCAUAGGCAUACCCUUUCUGCUGUACACCAUGAGGAUUUGCAGCUGGCGUUUCGGGGAGUUUAUGUGCAAAGCGUACAUGGUGAGCACUUCAAUUACCUCGUUCACCUCUUCGAUAUUCCUGCUGAUCAUGUCGGCCGAUCGCUAUAUAGCUGUGUGCCAUCCGAUAUCCUCGCCGCGUUAUCGUACCCUGCACAUAGCAAAGAUAGUGUCGGCGGUGGCCUGGACCACAUCGGCGGUACUGAUGCUGCCUGUAAUCCUGUAUGCCAGCACUGUGGAGCAGGAGGAUGGCAUUAAUUACUCCUGCAACAUUAUGUGGCCGGAUGCUUACAAGAAGCACUCGGGCACCACCUUUAUAUUGUACACCUUCUUCCUGGGCUUUGCCACUCCGCUGUGCUUUAUCCUGAGUUUUUAUUAUUUGGUCAUCAGGAAACUGCAGUCGGUGGGUCCCAAGCAGGCAGCCAAGUCGAAGGAGAAGCGGCGAGCUCAUCGGAAGGUUACCCGGCUGGUCUUGACCGUGAUUACGGUGUACAUAUGCUGCUGGCUGCCCCACUGGUUGUCCCAGUUGGCGCUGAUCAACUCCAAUCCCGCCCAGAGAGAUCUCUCCCGACUGGAGAUACUUAUAUUCCUGCUCCUCGGCGCCUUGGUUUACUCAAAUUCAGCGGUAAACCCCAUACUCUAUGCCUUUCUGAGUGAGAACUUCAGGAAGAGCUUCUUCAAGGCCUUCACCUGUAUGAAUCAGCAGGAGAUCAAUGCCCAGCUGCAGAUGGAACCGAGUGUGUUUACCAAGCAAGGUAGCCGCAGGAGAGGCGGCUCCAAACGCCUGCUGACCAAUAAUCCACAAAUACCGCCGCUGCUGCUGCCUUUGAAUGCGGGUAACAACAACUCAUCGACCACGACGUCGUCCACAACUACGGCGGAGAAGACCGGUACCACGGCGACACAAAAGUCCUGCAAUUCCAAUGGCAAGGCGUCAGCUCCGCCAGAAAAUUUGAUUAUCUGUCUGAGUGAGCAGCAGGAGGCCUUUUGCACCACCGCCAGGAGGGGAUCGGGAGCAGUGCAGCAAACAGAUUUGUAA